AGUAUCACAGGCAGAAAAAAGAGGCCAUGAAAGAGACCAAACACCACGACACACGUAAAAAGCUAGAAAAAAAUGGUUGCAAAACUGAUUUCUUUAGAUGUAACGGUUAUAGACAUCCCUGACUGCUGCAGUGCUCUACCUAUCCUCUCCGUUAGAUCCGUUGGCUUUUCGGCCUUUGUGACAUUAUCGAGACUCUGCAUCACCACAAACAUGUCGUCGACUCCUAUGCCCAACAAUAAGAACGGCAGUAUCGGGUGAAUUGGCCCGUAAAAAUAACCCAUGUAGUAGCAGAUCCCAUAGGCAGAGAGGAUUGAUUGUCCAACAACGGAAACACCGAUUAUCGACAGAAGCGACUACAGCAAGAAAUCUAAACAAGUGCUCAAAUUUUUUGAGGAAAAUAAGGUGACGGUGCAUUAUAAACAUGAAGAACUCGACGAUUAGAAAACUUCAUACGAUCUCAGCUUGUAAAACCUGUGGAUCAAACACAUUUGGAGCAGUAAUGAUAAUACUCUCAUAUCUGAGAUCGUCUUUGAAGUGUUCUUUGACCCACGAGGCGUCCGCUCUGACAAUGGAAUCCAUUGGCAUGAAAAGCUCAACCUCGUCAAGCUCCUCUGCCCAAAAUAUAAGUCCCGGUCCACAAAUCACGUUUAUGCAAAAUGAUAUGAUCAGCCAAAGCCACGGUUUCCUUCCGAUGCUCAACCCUAUCCUGAAAAAAUGCGGACGUCAUUAUUGCCGAUUUUAUUUUUGACGAUAAAUUUGGUCGGCGGGCAGCUCAAUUUCGAAGGAAAUCCCCUUACCGAAGACACCAUUUAUACAGCUGAGGAGUCACAAUUCGCUGAUGAAAAAACAGCUAAGGCUCGUUCCUUGGGAAAUACCGAUACGGAAGACUCGUAUUUGCUAGCAGCAAAAGCCCUGAAAGCAGAACGUUCUCAUAAUUUAUAUUCAGCUAACGAUCCGGUCGGUACAAUUAACGGGGAAAAUUCUUCUCCAAGAAACGAUCCUGCCCCGGUAGUCGAGUUGCAGUUUGAAAAUUCUUACAAAACUAUACAUGAGGAUGAAUCGUUGGACAGAAAUAAUCCCACGACGGAAUCGCAGAGUCAAAUAAUUUACUCUGAAACUAAUCAGCCCGUUAAUCAGCAAUCGGCAGGGAGGUCUGAAUCUGCUUUGAUGAUGUUCCUCAACUCUAAGACUCCUCAAGAGUCACAAAUUGCACUACAAGAAUAUCUGGAUGGUCAAAGUCCGACGACCGUAACUCAGGCUAAUCCUAGCGAAUCUUCAGCACCUACUCAGCCCCAUAUAUCCGAGAUAGUUUUGCCUGGUCAACAAAUCGUCAGUGUCGCAGAUCAGCUGAAUAUUAUCGGCCAAAAUCAGAUGCAACAACAGCAAGACACACUUGAGAAGAAUUACGAUCUUCAACGUACUAAAUAUUACCAACAGCAACAAGCUGGUAGAAAUAUAAACUAUAUGGGAAAUUUCCAAUACCCUGUUGAAAAAUUUUUAUCAAGAAGAGGCGGUCCACUCGUCAUUCGGGGCCAGAAUCCAGCCUUGUACGGAAGAAGAAGGCCAACGCCUUACCCUGGUGGAUAUUAUCGUGCCCAAUCGAGGGUCGGAUUUCCUCCAGGACUUCGCAAAGGUUCCGAAGAGGGUGUCGUACCACCACCAGGCGCAGAGUUGAUUUACACUAAUCCCCCUGGAAGUCAUGGAAAAUUUGUAAAUUAUCGUAACCCUUACGAAGAUGCAGGAGCUUGGUUUCCAGAUGCGAGUCAUCCCCCACCCGACAUAAACGUAUACCGUUCGCAACUUUAUGCACAAUCGUAUGACCCGUACUAUUACAACUAUAUUGCAAAAUAUGGGAAGAUAAAGCCGCAUUUGUAUGGAAAGCUUGGAAAGAAGGAAGAAGGCCUUUUAUCGGAGUUGUUUAAUAGCUUUAAGAAACAUGGAAUGAAACAUGUAAUGCAUCCCAUGUUUCUUCUGGGACUUGGAAUACCUAUGGUCACUUUAAUGCUCUCCGCUUUGGUAGGUAAGAGAUCGCUCGGGCGAUCAAACUCUGGAGAGUCAACGUUCGAAGGUGAACCUUAUCCAACGAAAGAGCAGACCGAUGAGUUGAUGGAAAAGCUCCAAAGGGCACUAGACUGUCAUGAAAAGUCGUCGUCGACGGAUGAAUUGCAAAGAUGUGUUGGAGCUUCGGAAAAUUGAAUGUUGAUGACAGCGUGGAUUUAUAUCUGCAG